AUGUGGAAGCCAAUCAACAAGAUCAAGAUCAAGAUCAAGAAGAAUAAUUUGUGGCAGCGGAUUGAAGGUGAUCACUUGGGCAUUGUUGUGUUUGGACCAUUUAGACUAGUUAUGAAACGAUUAUUUCUUAUUGGUUUGGAUAAAUAUGGGAAAGGUGAUUGGCGAAGUAUCUCCCGAAAUUAUGUGGUGACAAGAACACCUACACAAGUGGCAAGCCAUGCACAGAAGUACUUCAUUCGUUUGAACUCUAUGAACAAAGACCGGAGGCGAUCAAGCAUUCAUGACAUCACAAGCGUCAAUAAUGGAGAUGUUUCAGUGCCCCAAGGACCCAUUACCGGUCAAACAAAUUGUUCUGCCACAGGGACAUCUGGCAAAUCAAACAAACCACCUUCACAAACCCCAGCUGCACCUUCAGGAGUUGGCGUGUAUGGAGCACCAACUAUAGGGCAACCAAUAGGACCCCUUGUUUCAGCGGUUGGCACGCCAGUGAAUCUUCCUCCGGGACACAUGGCAUAUGGUGUCAGAGCUCCGGUUCCGGGACAGGUGGUUCCUGGCGCCCCAAUGAACAUGGGUCCCAUGACGUAUCCGAUGCCACACACAUCUGCUCAUAGGUAAUUUGCUUUUCUACUAGCAAAAUGUACAAAGGGACAGAGAGGAGUGUAAAGCUCAAGCUCAGUUGGUGUUAUUGGGUUCUUCUGCACUUGAGCUGGAAUAAUAUUUGCUUAUUUGCAGACAUAAAUUUGUCUAAUGAGUUGUCAUUUUUCAUUUCCAUUUCUCUCGAUCGGUGGUCACAUUUGAAUAAGUCUCUGUGUAGCUGCUGUGGAUAAUGUGGCAGCAUUUAGGGGUAAACAACUAGCAUUAUAGUUUAUAUUAAUUAGUUCAAUUAGGCAUUUUCAUUGCAAUCACUAGACAAAGUAGAGGUGCUCUCGUUGCUAAAGCGAAGCAGCAGUAGUUCUUUCAUGGCCAAAAUUGUAAAGGACUGUUGAUCUUCUCUAGUUUUUAUUUUAUCGGUAUGUUAUUUUUGUUUUAAGUAGUGAAUAAUAUGAGCAUGAACAAGGUUCCGUAUGAAUUUGUUUUGAUAA